AUGACAAGCUUAGCAAACGGGGCAGUCUGUAAAGUCAGAACGAACCCAGGUAGCAGCACUUCAGGAGCAGGUGCAGGCAAGGUUACCAAUUCAACGAAACCUGGUGGCUCGACAGGCUCUGGAUCAACCGGAAGCAAUUCCGGAAGUGGUGGUUCCUUGCAAAACUCGACUUCGACGGGUGGAAGCAAGCUGUUUUUGGGUGCUGUUGCUGCGACGUGGAAUAUGAAUCUUGCUGGUGCUACUGAUCCGGCUUCGGCGAGUAUAUGGGGUGGUUUGAUCAGAGGACGGGUCGCCAAUUUCGGAGGCUUCACAGCAGAUCCCAUAAAUCCUUCUAUACCAACUCUACAAAUUAACUACCCCAUCGGUUCAUGGACGCCAUCCGCUGCAGUUCCUGGUGGAGCCAGUUUCUAUGUUCCGAUAGGAGGAGGAUCAUCAUACAACAAGGCGCUCCUAACAUACGCUGUCUACUUUCCUGCUGACUUUGACUUUGUUAAGGGUGGUAAACUGCCUGGAUUAUUCGGAGGCGAUGUCACCCAAAAGUGCAGUGGUGGUCUACAUGGUGGUGGAUGCUGGUCAGUCCGUCUCAUGUGGAGGGCGAAUGGAGCGGGAGAAGCCUACUCCUACCUGCCAGCAUCAAACGAUGCCGCUCUCUGCGACACAACAGUAAAUCCACAGAACAUUUGCAACCCAACAUAUGGAAACUCUCUGAAUCGAGGAGCAUGGACCUUUGCUAAGGGCCAAUGGACUACGUUGAGCAUGUACAUACAGAUGAACGAUGUAGGCUCAAGCAACGGCAUCCUAAAAGUCUGGGCCAACAACAUCUUGGCACUUGAAUACGACGCCUUGUCAUACCGUACCGACUCAAAUGUUGGAGUUGACCAAUUAUUCUUUAGCACCUUCUUCGGUGGUUCUGAUUCAUCAUGGGCCUCAACUUCAAACACUUAUACCCUAUACAAAGACGUGAGUGCGAUACUCGGCAACUAG